AUGGCACGACGGGCAAUGGCUUCAGAGCCUGGAAUUACUCCGUCGUUAACAUCUCAGAACAACUUCAUUAAUUGGUGUUCAACGCUCAAUUUGACGAUCACCAACGGCACUCAAAUGCAGUCGGGUUUUUGUAACCCAGCUCCCAUGGGCGCCAUCCCGUCUAGUUCAAACAUGCCGAGCGCCAAAUUCGUUUCGCCCAGUAAUUUGGCUGUCAUCCCACCCAAUACCACAUUUCAGGUUGCUCUGGCCGUUCAGGGUCUAGAAACCGGGUUCUUCGCCAAUGCGGACACCAAUUAUCUUGCCGCUCCCCAGCAGUUGAACAUGACCACUGGCCAAAUUAUGGGCCACGCCCACAUCGUUAUUGAACAGCUCGACAAUCUCACACAAACCACACCUACUGAUCCCACCAAGUUUGCGUUCUUUUCUGCUUUGAAUGGCAGGGCGGAUGCCCAGGGUCUUUUGUAUACCAAUAUCACCGGCGGACUACCUGAAGGCUCAUACAGGAUGUCCUCGAUCGGCGCGGCAAUGAAUCAUCAGCCUUUGCUAGUACCUGUCGUCCAGCGUGGCGCUUUAGAUGAUGCCAUAUAUUUCUCCGUCGUUGCUGGUGGCAACAAUGGCACUUCAAACACGACAGCCGUUACACUACCUUCCGCCAUGCCUUCACAAACACCCUCGGUUGCUCCGUCGGCAUCAACUCCCACUGUGAAUACAUUGACACCCGUUACGCCCACCCCAACACCCUCUGCAGACGACACUGGUUGUGGGGAAGAGACGCCAACGCCAACGCCUGCAGAACCUACCUCUGCUACGCCUUCACCUACACCAUCUGGCGCUGACGAUACUGAUUGUUAG